GAUUGAACUUAAAACUAGGCAACACGGCAACACGGAAACGGCUCUCAAAUCAAUUGUAGCCCAUGCAGCAAAAUUAUCGUUAACGCCCAAACGGUUUUUUGUAAGUGUGUGUGUGUUCCUGGAAACGGAAUUCCAAAACGACGACAAACGUCAAUCAGCAGGAAUAAAAAAAAACGAAUUUUACCCUCGAAACAACAGAAGUUUAGGAAGCCAUCAUCGUCUCGUCGAUUGUUCGAGGAAAAUUCGGUUACACACAGCUCUAUGGUUCUGUUUUAAGGAUAAAAACGUACAAAGUCUAGCAGUGAACUGUGUUAUCGUGAAGAAAAACUCUCAGAAAAACGAAUUAAUAUCAAUUUAGUAAAUUUUCGAUUGCCAACUUGAAAAGUGGUCUACUUCGUCAACAUUAUCGUCAUCAUCAUUGCUACACGGUCCGCAUUUAGACAUGGCGCAGAACAUCAAUCCUGAAAGGGCCGCUUCUUCAAACUCGUCCAAACAAAAUGACGAAACUCUUAUCAACAACAAUAAUCAUGCCGUGAGUAAAAGAUUGCAAAAAGAGCUGAUGGCUCUCAUGAUGUCACCGGACAAGUCCAUAUCAGCGUUUCCGGAGGGUGAAAAUUUCUUCAAAUGGAUCGGAACUAUCGGUGGCCCGGAGGAUACCGUUUACAAGGGUCAAAAGUACAAGCUGUUGCUGGAGUUCCCGAACUCGUAUCCGUACUCUGCACCCAAUGUCAAGUUUUUGACGCCUUGUUUCCAUCCGAAUGUGGACCUUAGCGGUUCGAUUUGUUUGGACAUCCUGAAGGACAAGUGGUCCGCUUUAUACGACGUGCGGACAAUCCUUCUAUCGAUCCAGUCAUUGCUCGGUGAACCGAAUAAUGAUAGCCCGUUGAACUCACAGGCCUCCCAGAUGUGGCCAAACCAGGUCGAGUACAAAAAGUACCUGGAUGAGUUCUACGAAAAACAUAAAGAAGCCUAGAGAGCCUGUUGGCCCGGGGACAGAACAAAAUCUGGUAUGAGUGAGAUAAAAUGAUUAUGUGAAUGUUGUUCGAGAGCGCGAAAGAGCAAUUUAAACAAUAAGAGUACAUUAAGCGGACAUCUAACAAAAGGAUUACAAGAGUUCACGCGCAUAGUACACACGUGCACGCCAGCUAUUUAUGCAGAUAGACCUAUGAUUACGCUAAUCACAAGCAAAGGGUUGAUUGAACAUUUAACAAUUUGAACAAAACUGACGAAAGCGAAUGCGUUAUUUCUAGGAAGGGAAAGCUAAACUUCCCACAGGACUCAUUGCUUGGGCAGGUGGAAGUAAUUACAUAUUUAUUAUAGAAAAGCGACUAAAAUGUUUAUUGUAUGAUUGAUUCAUGUAUUGCUAAUAUGUUUUUAUAUAACUUUUCGAUGAAACUCAUGAGUUUUCUUCAUUUGAUGGGAAAUUGAAUAUUCCUGUAUGAAAAAAUAGUAACAUAUACUUAAUUUCUAAUGCAGGAAAGCAAUUUCACUGGCGUGGAAAGUUUAAACUGAAAACGUUCAAAUAGUCAACUUUAAAUUAGUAAAGCUUACUCCGUAUUCUUAAAGUAAAUAUCCGGUUUAAAUGAUUCCAGUUUAAAAUUUCAAAGGUUAAGUUCAUAUUAGUUCACAAAUCCGAGUAUUUAUUCAACCACAGAAGGAUAAUGGAACAUUUUUUCAUUCGUUGAAAACUCCCGAAUAUGAUUAUUCUCAUAAAAGUUACUCGACACAAUCUUUAAGUAUGAUCUUGUAAAUUUCAUCUUACAACUGUUCGGAAAAACUUUGCGACGUUGCAUUUUGUGUUUCAAUGUGAUUUUGUCUGUAUAGUAGGGAAUUGGUCAUAAGAAAAUCCGAAGAAAUGGCAUGGGUACAAAAACUGUCUCAUGCUUUGUCCUCGAACGUAGAAGUAACAAAUCGUGCGUAAUUUCCAAACAACAAGAGACACAUCCAAAAUACAAAUCUAAUAUAUUUGUUGCGAUAUUCUGCUCUUUCACCAUUGCACACCGUACGUGUUUUCAACUGAAAUGAAACAUUAGAGAUAUCUCAUCAUGAUUCAAUUCCGAUUCCUAAGAUACGUUGUAUGAUGGCAUUCGAAAGUUCUGUAAUUAAUACAAGUUAGAUCUAUCCUGAAAUAUCCAUAGUUUGGUAAUGAUAACACUCUUCUCACCAGAAACAAGACUAAGUAAUGUAUGUUCGACAGCGGUGUAUGUUUUCUUUCGUCAACCAGAAACUCCCUCUCUUGUAUUUGUUUUUACCUAAAGCCUUCAUAUACCUAUGUAUGUUUAAAUUUCCGUAACUUUUGAAUUAGGUAUGCAAUUGAUAUAUGUGACAAGUAAAUAAAUUACAUUAAUUGAAA